CGCGCGCUCCCCCGCGGACCCCCGCGCCCGCCGCGAUGCUGCAAGAAACUUCUUAAAUGACCGCGUCCGGCCGGCCCCGGGGAGCGUCGCGGGCUUGGGGCGAGGAAAAAGGAAAGUGGAAAAAAACUGAGAACUUCCUGAUCUCGCUCGCCGUGAGACAUGUCUGAGACUCCGGCCCCGUGUAGCAUUAAGCAGGAGCGAGUGUCCUACACGCCUCCGGAGAGCCCGGGCUCCAGCUACGUGCCCCACGUGCCCUCGUACGGCCCCUCCACGCCGCUUCAUGUCCCAGUGCCCCGCGCGCUCAGGAUGGAGGAAGAGUCGAUCCGCCUGCCUGCGCACCUGCGCUUGCAGCCCGUGUACUGGAGCAGAGAUGACGUAGCCCAGUGGCUCAAGUGGGCCGAAAACGAGUUUUCUCUGAGGCCCAUCGACAGCAACACGUUUGAGAUGAACGGCAAAGCGCUCCUGCUGCUGACCAAAGAGGACUUCCGCUACCGAUCUCCUCAUUCAGGCGACGUUCUGUAUGAACUCCUUCAGCAUAUUCUGAAGCAGAGGAAACCUCGGAUUCUCUUCUCGCCUUUCUUCCACCCCGGAAACUCCCUCCACACCCAGACGGAAGUCCUGCUGCAUCAGAACCACGAGGAAGAGAACUGCCUGCAGCGGACCCCGCGGGCCCCCGUGGAGAGCGCGCAGCACAACCCGCCCACCAUCGAACUGUUGCACCGCUCCCGCUCGCCCGUCACCAACCACCGGCCCUCGCCCGACCCCGAGCCGCGGCCCCUGCGCUCGCCCCUCGACGGCAUGAUCCGCCGCCUCUCCCCGCCCGAGAGGGCCCCGGGCGCGAGGCUCCACGCGGAGAACAACCACCAGGAGUCCUACCCGCUGUCCGUGUCUCCCAUGGAGAACAACCACUGCCCGCCAUCCUCGGAGCCCCACCCGAAGCCGUCCAGCCCCCGGCAGGAGAGCGCCCGCGUCAUCCAGCUCAUGCCCAGCCCCAUCAUGCACCCCCUGAUCCUCAACCCCCGGCACUCGGUGGAUUUUAAGCAGUCCCGCCUGUCCGAGGACGGGCUGCACCGGGAGGGGAAGGCCAUCAACCUGUCCCACCGGGAGGACCUGGCCUAUAUGAACCACAUCAUGGUCUCCGUCUCGCCGCCCGAGGAGCACGCCAUGCCCAUCGGGAGGAUAGCAGACUGCAGACUGCUUUGGGAUUACGUCUAUCAGCUGCUGUCCGACAGCCGGUACGAAAACUUCAUCCGAUGGGAAGACAAAGAAUCCAAAAUAUUCCGGAUAGUGGAUCCCAAUGGGCUGGCCCGGCUGUGGGGGAACCAUAAGAACAGAACAAACAUGACCUAUGAGAAAAUGUCCAGAGCCCUGCGCCACUACUACAAACUAAACAUUAUCAGGAAGGAGCCAGGACAAAGGCUUCUGUUCAGGUUCAUGAAGACCCCGGAUGAGAUCAUGAGCGGCCGGACCGACCGCCUGGAGCACCUGGAGUCUCAGGAGCUGGACGAGCAGAUUUACCAGGAGGACGAGUGCUGAGAAACCCUCCCAGCACCUCCCGGGGUCGCCGGCCGCGGGCCCGAACUGCAGCGGGCGGGCUGAGGAGAGGAGAAGCCACCGUCACCCUGCGUCCCGGGAGGGACCCGGAGCACCUUACGACAAGCCCCCCGACCCUGCUGAGGCGCCACGCGGAGGGCAGGCGCCUGGGACUCGCACCGGCCGGUUCCUCGUCACUGGGAAUCUCGCCCUGGUCACGUCUCCGCCCCACCCCUCCCGCCUGUCGUUAGCUUCACGGUGUUUUUUAGUUUUCUUUUGGUUGUUUUUUUUUUUUUCCUUUUUUUUUUUUUUAAAGAAAAAAAAGACAGUUUGACUUUUCAACAUUCAUGUAGGGGAAGACAUCCCAGGUUGUUUUCCUAUGGAAAUAUAUGCCUAUUAUAUAUAUAAAUAUAUCUCUAUUUUUUGCAAAUCUUAAAAAAGUGCAGCAAGCCCAGCUGGUCAGGAAAGGGAGUUAAGAGUUCAGGUGCCACUUAAUCCGGUCACCGUUACCGUUGGGGUCUUAGCCUGAAGGAAAGGGGUGGGAGGGGAGAACUGGGUGGGCGGGGGAGAUGAUUCUUUUUUUUAAAAAGUGACCUGGAGUGCACGCGCUCUCUCUCUCUCUCCUCCCUCCCUCUUUUCCUCUCUCUUCUCUUUCUCCUUCCCUCUCCUCUCUCUCUCUUCCUUCCUCCCUUUCUCCCUCUCCUUCUCCCCUCCCCUCUCCCUCCCACUCUCCCCCCCCUCUCUCGGCACAGUUCAGCAGCUUUUUGGGCAGGGCUCAACCCCUAGAGAGCAGCAGGAGGUAUUGUGGCUGGCUCGGCAGAAAGCUGCCCUGCACAAGGCUGCAGCCGCCCCGGUGCGGGGGGGGGGGGGGGGUGGACAGAGCCUCUCACUGGCGUCGAUGCCAGGAGCACUGUGGGCUGGGCGGAGAAGGCGCACACCAGUGCUCCAGGCUUGGCCUGCAGACGCUGCAGAGUGGAAAAGACCAGAAGGCCGUGCAGGGCUGCGAUCUAGGACCUGGUGGGAACCCAACCGAGGAAGGACUGAUGUCCCCAGAGCAGGGUGGGGGGCCGGGGGCGGGGGGU